GCAAGGUGCAUCGAAAAGGCUGAGGUUCGAACUUGAGCGCUGACAUGUUGUGUAGGAGAUCGAACAUUAAUUGCAACAAGGGACGUAGUCCCCCGCGAUCUGGUAAGAAGAUUCUAACACACAUUGAAAAUGAUCAAUCGCCGAGCGCAUUAAAAGACUUUUUGCUCUUUCUUAAGGAGGGGAAACAAUACAAAUACAAUUAUCAAGCCCACGUUGAUCUGUGCAGGCAACGAAAAGACAAAAUGAAAAAGCUGUAUUCAAUAUGAGUUGGGAAGGAGUAUGGAUCUGAAAUCUGUUCAAAAACUCUACAAUGAUCGCGACUCGGACAUUCACUUUUCUUCUUUCGACCUCAUUCCCAUUUCCCUUUCUUGCACAUAAUUACCCCUCAUUGGCUCUGUACAUGCAAAAUGGAGAAAGGUGGAACUGGAGAUGCAUCCCAAAGCUCUCAGAUGACAUCCAAGCCAAGGAGGCAGCUAUGCAUGAAAAAGCCAGAUUCUCAGAAAUCGACUCAAUCACAACGUGAUCCAUUACGUUGGAUCAGAAAAGAGAAAGCUUCAUCAUCUCAGUCGAUAUCCGUCAAGGCUGAGCCUCCGCCAACUCCACGCAAAAUCAAGAAAGAGGAAAAAGCGAUCGUGAUUGACCUUUGC